CGCUGGACCUCAGGAAGAACUAUAACUCCCAGAGUUCUCCUCGAGUCCACCCACAAUGAGGAGGGGGCCCUCAGCCCACGAGGCGGUCCUAGGACUUCAUUAAAUAGCCAGCGUCGCCCUGAGCUGCCCGGUGUGUAGUUGUGUGCUGGAGCCAUGGCUGACGCGGACCCGAGUUCCUUCGCUGCCCCUGAUGCCUGCCGCACUCACCAUCUCUACUUGCGCUGCCGCGUGGACUUCGAGAGCCGAUCGCUGCGGGGCACGGCGGCCCUCACUGUGCGGUCGGAAAGGGACAACCUGAGUUCCCUGGUUUUGGACACCAAAGACCUAACAAUACAGAAAGUGGUUGUUAACAAUCAAGUGGCUCAGUUUGUUCUUGGGCAACAACACAGCUUCAAAGGAGCACCACUUGAAAUCACAUUACCAUUCCACUUGAGGAAGGGCCAAGAUGUGAUUGUGGAGAUCUCUUUUGAAACUUCUCCAAGGUCUUCAGCACUUCAGUGGUUUACUCCAGAGCAGACAUCAGGGAAAAGACAUCCAUUUCUUUUUAGUCAGUGCCAGGCUACUCAUUGCAGAGCUCUUCUCCCCUGCCAAGAUACCCCCUCUGUGAAGUUAACAUAUUAUGCAGAGAUAUCUGUUCCAAGUGAGCUGGUGGCUCUUAUGAGUGCCAAGAGAGAUGGAGAUUUGCUUGAUCCAGAAGACCAAACUAGGAAGAUAUUCUGUUUCAUUCAAAAUGUUCCAAUACCCAGUUAUCUGGUUGCUUUAGUAGUUGGUGCUUUGGAAAGCAGAGUAAUUGGCCCUAGAACUUUGGUGUGGGCUGAAAAGGAACUGGUGGAAAAAUCAGCUUAUGAAUUUGGUGAGGCUGAAGCCAUGCUGAAAAUAGCAGAAGAUCUGGCAGGUCCUUAUGUCUGGGGUCAAUAUGACUUGCUGGUGUUGCCCCCAUCAUUUCCAUAUGGUGGGAUGGAGAAUCCCUGCCUCACUUUUGUAACUCCUACUUUAUUAGCUGGUGACAGAUCAUUAUCCAAUGUUAUUGCACAUGAAAUUUCUCAUAGCUGGACAGGAAAUUUGGUAACAAACAAGACCUGGGAACAUUUUUGGCUAAAUGAGGGGCAUACUGUUUAUCUAGAACGCAGAAUUGGUGGUCGGUUGUUUGGAGAACAAUUCAGGCACUUUCAGGCUCUAGGAGGCUGGCGAGAGUUACAAAACACAAUUAAUAACCUUGGAAGCACAAAUGAAGUGACUAAUUUGAUCCCUAGUCUGAAGGACCUAAACCCUGAUGUUGCAUAUUCUUCUGUUCCAUAUGAGAAAGGCUUUGCUUUAUUGCUUCAUCUGGAGCAGCUGCUUGGUGGACCAGAUGUCUUCAUUGGCUUUUUGAGGGCAUACAUCCAACAGUUUGCAUACAAGAGUAUAGUGACUGAAGACUGGAAGAAUUUCCUCUACUCCUAUUUCAAGGAUAAGGUUAAUGUUCUUAACAAAGUUGACUGGAAUGCAUGGAUGCAUACUCCUGGUAUGCCACCAGUAAAACCUGAAUAUGAUACUACAUUGUCAAAUGCUUGUGUUGCCUUGAGCCAAAGAUGGAUCAAAGCCACUGAAAGUGAUCUUGGUUCUUUCAGCUCAGCUGAUAUAAAAGACAUGUCUUCUCACCAACUAAUUGAGUUCCUCGCACUCCUGCUGAUGGAGAAUCCUCUUUCAGUGAGCCAUGUCAGUCGAAUGCAGGAAAUCUAUGACUUCAAUGCAACAAACAAUUCCGAAAUCAGAUUCAGAUGGCUUCGCCUCUGCAUUCAAGCCAGGUGGGAAGAUGCCAUCCCUCUAGCUCUAAAGAUGGCUACUGAACAAGGCCGCAUGAAAUUUACUCGCCCGUUAUUCAAGGAUCUCUAUAAAUUUGAAAAAUCACGUGACCAAGCCAUCAGUGCCUUCCAGCAGCACAAAAUAUUUAUGCAUCCAGUGACUGCAAUGUUGGUAUCCAAAGAUCUGGGCCUGGAGGGACAAACAGCCUAACUUCUGCAGAGUUGAUGGUGCUGACCUUGUCAAAGAAAAAUUUGCUAUUCUUUUCCAAAAAUUACAAAUAAAAUCAUGGUAGAUCUCA